AUUCCUUAUGCAUUCUCGAUGACAGCAACCCGGAGAAAUGGCAGAAGACGAGCGACCAUACCAGCCAUCUCUGCCAUGGCGAAUCACUUCUGCAGCCACGCUCGGCACGGUGGGAUUCUUAUGUCGAAGCUUCCUGUAUACCCUCAGCAGAACCGAGGUGCAUGGACUCGAUCAGUUCCUUCAAGUGCUCGAUGAACGCGAAGACGAACAGGGCCGGACGAGGGGCUUAGUGACUGUUUCGAACCAUGUGAGCAUUCUCGACGACCCUUUGAUGUGGGGUGCCCUGCCGCAUCGUUACUUCUGGAAGCCAAACAACAUGCGCUGGUCGAUGGGCAGCUAUGACAUUUGUUUCCAGAACAGCAUCGUGUCUGCUUUCUUCUCCUUUGGCAAUACCCUCCCGACACAUCGAUCGGCGCAUUCCAAGUUUGGCGGACUAUUCCAGCCGACAAUGACCGAGUGCAUACGAUUGCUCAGCGAUCCUCACGGCUCUCGCUCUCCGUCCGCAUCGUCCUCCAAGGAAGACAUCCACUUUUCGUCUCUGCCAGCCUCUGAUCCCUUCAGCAGUGCUCAAUUGACAUACACCACGAAUGGUUACGACACCUUCCCUGCUCCUUCGGCGUACCCUUUACGUCGACAUACCUGGGUGCACAUCUUUCCCGAGGGUAUGAUUCACCAACAUCCUUCCAGGGUCAUGCGAUACUUCAAAUGGGGCAUUGCGCGUCUGAUACUGGAAAGUGAGCCUUGUCCCGAUGUGAUUCCGAUCUGGAUUGAUGGACCCCAGCAUGUCAUGGACAAUGAGCGCACAUGGCCCCGCUUCCUGCCGCGUGUUGGCAAAGACGUGACGAUAGCAUUUGGCGAGAGGGUCAACCGUGAAUUGCUGUUGGAACCUUUCCGGGAGAGAUGGCGAGAAUUGAAGGAGCGAGUGAAGCGGAAAGCCGUCCAUGAAGGCAGCAACCUGAAGGGCCUACCAUUGGAGACGCUCGGUGUGGUGGCUGAUGACGAGCUGCGAUAUGGCCGAGAAGCUCAACAACUCCGAAUAGAAGUGACGUUAGCUUUGCGAGACGAAGUGCUGAAACUCAGGCGGCAAUUCGGUCUCCCCGACGAAGAUCCGAAGAGGAGUCUCGCAGACUGUUAUCGCGAGGAAGGCGAAUUGGGCCGAGACGGGUUUGGUGAUAUACAUGGAGUCAAGAAACUGCACGAUGGCAGUACUACCAAAGAGGAGUAGCAGCAGCACUGCUAUAAAUCUGCUAAUAGCUGUACGAUAGAUUACCGGCCUUCCCAUAACAGUUCAAGAUUGCCACUGUCCCAGAAUAAUGCAGCUCGGGGACCACCAGUAGCCCCUACGCAACAAGAUCGCUUCUACCAUCCAUCAAUCCAUCAAUCCAUCAAUCCA